AUGGACAACUUUGACGAGGAAUACGACCGGCUCCUUCAACACUUUCACGACUUCACGAGUCAUGUUGAACACAUUCGUGACUACUUGACUUCAGGACUUCAUUUCAUGACUUUCAUGAAUUCUAAAGCCGACAAGGAAACUCUUGAGCUUAUGGAGCAGCGUGAAGCAACACGAGCCGCAAGCCAUCAAGAACUCACGCCCAAGCUUGCAAGGCUUGAAAGGCGAUGA